ACUCUAUUUGGAUUAUCCUUUGAAGAACAACCUCACCAUGAAAUUCGUUGCCGUCCUUUUCGCUCUUGUAGCUGUAGCUGUAGCUGCCCCACUCGACCAAGACGUCCAAGCUGUAGUCUUGAAACACGAUAAUGACAACAUUGGAACUGAUGGAUACAACGUGGCCUACGAAACCAGCAAUGGAAUCUCCGCCCAAGAACAAGGACAACUCCAAAACGUUGGUACCGAAAACGAAGCUCUAGUAGUACGUGGUUCUUACAGAUACAUCGGCCCUGACAAUCUAGUCUACGAAGUCACUUACUUGGCUGACGAAAACGGUUUCCAACCACAAGGCGCCCAUUUACCAGUAGGACCACAAUAAAUGUAUAAGUAGUUGUAGAUAUGUAAAAAAUAAAAAACCGAA